CCGGGGUUGUAGGCCAGGUGCGGCGCCGCGGGACUGUGGCCAGAGCUGCAGAGAGACGAGGAGAAGGCGGCUGUUCUGGGUGCUGGGAGAAGCCCUCGGUGGUGCCCAUGGCUGGCCAGGACCCCACGCUGAGCACGAGUCACCCAUUCUACGAUGUGGCCAGACACAACAUCCUGCAGAUGGCAGGGGAUGACCACUUUGGAAGGCGCAUCAUCACGUUCAGCUGUUGCCGGAUGCCUCCCUCCCACCAGCUCAACCACCAGCGGCUGCUAGGAUAUUUGAAGUACACCCUGGACCAGUACGUGGAGAAUGACUACACCAUUGUCUACUUCCACUACGGUCUCAACAGCCAGAACAAGCCGUCCCUGGGCUGGCUCCAGAGCGCGUACAAGGAGUUUGACAGGAAAUACAAGAAAAACUUGAAGGCCCUCUACGUGGUGCACCCCAGCAGCUUCAUCAAGGUCCUGUGGAACAUCUUCAAGCCCCUCAUCAGUCACAAGUUUGGGAAAAAAGUCACCUACUUCAACUACUUGAGUGAGCUCCAUGAACACCUCAAAUGUGACCAGCUGGUGAUCCCCCCGGAGGUGAUGCGGUAUGAUGAGAAGCUGCAGAGCCUGCACCAGGGUCAACCACCACCCCCUGCCAAGACACCACCGCCAAGGCCCCCUCUGCCCACCCAGCAGUUUGGAGUCAGCCUGCAAUACCUCAAAGACAAAAAUCAUGGAGAACUCAUCCCUCCUGUGCUGAGGUCCACAGUGACUUACCUGAGGGAGAAAGGACUCCGAGCCGAGGGCCUGUUCCGAAGAUCAGCCAGCGUCCAGACGGUCCGUGAGAUCCAGAGGCUUUUCAACCAAGGGAAGCCUGUGAACUUUGACGACUAUGGGGACAUCCACAUCCCUGCUGUGAUCCUGAAGGCCUUCCUGCGAGAGCUGCCCCAACCACUGCUGACCUUUGAGGCCUAUGAGCAGAUCCUUGGAAUCACUGGUGUGGAAAGCAGCCUGCGCGUCACCCGCUGCCGUCAGAUACUGCGGGGCCUCCCAGAGCACAACUACGCAGUCCUCAGCUACCUCAUGGGCUUCCUGCACACGGUGUCCCAGGAGAGCAUUUUCAACAAGAUGAACAGCUCCAACCUGGCCUGUGUCUUUGGACUGAACCUAAUCUGGCCAUCCGAGGGCGUGUCCUCCCUGAGUGCCCUUGUGCCCCUGAACCUGUUCACUGAACUGCUGAUUGAGUACUAUGAAAAGGUCUUCAAUGCCCAGGAGGCCCCCGGGGAGCACACUGUGGGCACAGGGGAGGCAGGCGGGCAGGGCAGCCCCCUGGCCAGAGGACAUGCCACACACAGGCAAGCCCCAGGUUGUGCCACACCCAUCCUGCCGCAGAGUCCAGCCAGGAGACACCUCUAGUGCCGGAAAUGUGCCACAGACGUUGAUCGCCUGUGCACGGUGUCUUAUAUAAACCUGCCAUCUGUGAAAAUAACCAGGCAUUAAAUAAACUCAGAAACCUAGUGAAAAUUCCACGCUUCAGAUUCUUGGGCCCUUCUCCAUUGUUUCUGACCUGUGGGGUGGGAUAAGAUAAUGUAUCUAUCAAGAUAGAUUUAAUUUAUUUAUUUUGGAGCCAGGGUCUUGCUCUCAAUCUGUCGCUCAGGCUGAUUCCAUCAGCUCGCUACCCUCAAACUCCUGGCCUCGAGCAAUCCUGCCUCAGACCUGCAAGGUCUGAAGGAUCAUGGGUGUGAGCCCACCAUGCCCUGGCUAGAAUGAUUCUUUUGGAUCAUAAUCUAACAUGACGUAGCUAGAAGUGGGAAUGUAUGGGCCAGGGCUUUGUACCAGUCACCUGCUGGCACACGGCUGCUACGCCGUGUGUAGCAAACCACUCCAACCACCAGCAACUAGAAGCAACGGCUGCUUAUGACUGCCCACAAGCCCAGGGGUCCGCUGGGUAAUUCUCUCAGCCUUUGGAAGGGGGUUCACUCACAUGGGGACAUGGAGUGGGUCUGUGUGUCCUUCCGCUGAUACUCUCAUUCCUAGCUACAGACAAGACCCAGAGGCCCAGAGCCACGGAGCUGGUGAGCGGCAGAGCUGGGGUUCAGACUUGGGCAACCCGCUGCUCCCCGGGGCUGUGGGAGCCGUGGCAAGGCUCCUGGGCCUUGAGGUUCCCGCCUGGACUGUGGGCAGGCUCCCUUCCAGCUCUUCCAACGGCUCAGAAACCACAAGGUCUGGUGCCUUCAUGUGCUGUGAUGCCAAGCACGUCUGACCUCUAUGCCUCUGUUUCCCAUGUGAACACGGAAUGGCAAGAGGGACAACCCAGUGAGGACACGGAAUAUUCAUCUGCUGCCACACGGUGUCUUGGACACUUCCUGAUUGCACAGAGCCACAUAGAUCUUUGAGUUCAAGUAGGUUUUAUUCCUCCCAGACGGCCAUUUGCCCUGCAGUGCUGUAAGGCCUGCUGGGUGCAGCUCUAAGGCAGCAGCAAGUUGCCCCAGGCAGAGGGGACUGGUUUGUACAUGUCCCUGCAGUGCACGGAGGCUGGAGGCCCAGGAUGUCUUGGAGAGGCACCAGCCCCCACCCAGCUGGGGGGCCACAGCUCACACAGCCUCACUGUCCCAGGCCCCCAGGGCAAGACUGUGCGGUACCCAACCCCGAGCCCUGGGCUUUCAGAGGAGCCACUGGGGCACGCUGCCUUCUGGACUCUUCUCUUCGCCCAGCUCUUCCUCCUAGCGUCUGGUCCCAUGGCUGUCUCCGUCUUCCCUGUUCUUCCAUUCACCUUUCCCUUCCCGCCGCCACCUUCAUAUGCUGUCUGCUGUUUCUGAUCUUUCUAGCUUUCUGUCGCUCUCAGCCAACCCAGAAUGCCAGAAUAGUUCUUUUGUGCAUCUUAA